AUGCUGCGGCUUCAAGAGGUGCCUCCCAGCAAAAAACAGCACCACCAGAAUUUCCCUGUAGAAAAUCUGAGGGAGAGUUCGGCUCCGACCGGCGUGGACCCCACAACACUGGCCGCCACACAGCUGGACACUGGUCCAGUUACAUUGCCGACUGACGUUCCUGCAAAUCAAGAAACUGUCUCGACAACCCAAAUGAAAGCUUCCUCCAGUACCUUCUUGGAAGGAACCACUAUGGUCGUCGAGGGAACAACUAUUACAACAAUAAUAACUUCUUCUUCUCAUGCUGCCAGUUUGACUGCAACAUAUUGGACAAGUGGCUCGAAAGAAGAACCAAUCUACAAAAUGGAAAGGUACAAGUGGUGUUCGACGGGGUUCGAGAUUUCUUCCAAUUUAAUCAGCUCAGAGAGAUUUUGGUCAACGCCCAACGCUACCUCUGACCUCGAGCGGUGCCUCGCGUUCACCAAUUCUGACCAGAAAAAAGGAUUUUCGCACCAAAUGUGCACAGACCUGCUACCCUACAUUUGCCAGUAUACGGUCGACUGCCCCAAAACAUGCAACAAAAACAAUUCCCUCUUUGACGCCAAUGGAAAUAUUAUCAAAAAAUCCUCCUAUGGUCUGUGGUACAAUAUCGGAAACUUCACCUAUUUGCUUGGAAACAAGCCACUGAAUUGGUUCGACAACUAUCAGCGGUGUUGCGCUCUUGGAAUGGAAACUCUGAAUGUGGGCAGUUUGUCGGAGCAAAAUAUGCUGACUGCUUUUUCCCUGACUUUUAAUAAAGACAACUGGACGGCGAAUUUCAACUACUGGACGUCAGGCACCCAGAAAGGAGCCCCAGAGGGGAAUUUUUCUUGGUGCGAUCCCGGAGGGCCGAAGCCUCUCGUCUCCUCUCUCAUUUGGCAGCGCGGCCAGCCUGACAACCUGGGCGGGAACGAAAGCUGCGUCCACUUCCGCUUCGUGCUGAACAACACGGGAGCGAUUCUCUCCGACAGAAACUGCACCAACAAAUACAUUUACGCCUGCAAAGGUUCAUUGACGACAACUCCUAAACCCUGCAAGGCCUCAUGUAUCACUUCCGCCUGCACUAGAAAUCCAACUUUAUUCGUAGGCUUUGAGCUGAAAAACUUCUACUCUUAUGGCAGUUGGUAUACCGGCUGCGGACGAAAUUUACUAUUCCGUAACAUCUCGGGAAAUUGGACGGCAGCACGAAGCACAUGUUGCUCGAUUGGCUUGACCUUGGCCACAAUUGAAUCGUCUGGAAAGUCACAGUGCUUGUCCAAAAUUGUCGCUAAAAAUGAAGACGCAGUUGGCGACUGGUGGUUGUCUGGAACCGAUUUGAACUGCGAAUCGAAUUUCCAUUGGUGCUCCAAUGACCGCAGAUUCGUGAGCAGCGAGAUCGCGUGGAAGAGCGGCCAACCGAAGGCCGGCUUUGAUUGCGUCUAUUUGGAGGCGAGGAACGGAUCGAUGCUCUUGGCCACGGACAACUGCGACGAAAAAAAGAAAUUUCUGUGCGAAGUGAGGAAGAAAGGCACCUCCGGCAUCGCCAUGCAGAGGGAGUGUGCUGAAACCUGGGACAUCUCUGAAGAGGAAAUUGAUUUACUGCUUAGUGCGGCAGCGCUGUCCUCUGCAAACAUAUCGCUGAAUUUAAGGUGCUUCUUGAAAUGCGUCGGAAUUGAAGUUGGGAUGUUCGGCCUGGGUGGACUGGAAGAAAUUGCAAUGCUGCGAAACAUCGAGUCGGUCUCAAUGGAAGACCCCGUUAAAAUGAAGCGAGGAUUUGUCGCCUACGACGAGUGCAGCGGCAAAAAUUCAGACGACGAAUGCGUGACGGCCUUUGACACGUACAAAUGCGGCAUGGAUAAGGCGCCAGACAUCGUGAACCAAAUCGUGGCAAACAAUGCUGGCAAUGACACAGAGCUCGUGCCUCCAGUGCCGUGCAUUCCCAUUCCGCACAGCUGCUGGAUGGAGGAGAUGCUCCCAUGCGUCGCAAACCACUGGUCAUAG